AUGUACCAGUUCCACGAAUGCAUCGGCAGGGGCAAUUUCGGCGAUGUGUACAAGGCCAGCCGGGGUGGCCAGUAUGUGGCCGUCAAGGUGGUCAACCUCGACGAGAGCACCGAGGAUAUCAAGGUGAUUGUCCAGGAAAUCCACCUUUUGUCGCGACUCUCCAGUCCCUACAUCACCAAGUACUAUGAGACCUUUGUCCGCGACGUCAACUUGUUCAUCGUCAUGGAGUACUGUGGCGGACGCUCCAUCUCCGACAUGCUCAGGCACUUCAAGAAGAUCCCCGAGGAUAUCGCCAGCUACAUCGCCCGCGCGGUGUUGCGCGGGUUAGUGUACUUGCACCAAGAGGGUAAGGUUCACCGCGACAUCAAACUGGCCAACAUCUUGUUGACGGAGGCAGCCGAGGUCAAGUUGGCGGACUUUGGCGUCAGUGGCGAGUUGACUCGUACUCGUGCCAAAAGGAACACGUUUGUGGGUACUCCCUACUGGAUGGCGCCCGAGGUGAUCACCAGGAGAAAGGCGGGGGGAGGCUACGACGAGAAGGCAGAUGUUUGGUCCGCAGGCAUCACUGUGUACGAGAUGGUCACGGGAGCACCUCCAUUGGCCCAACACGAUCCCAUGAAGAUCUUGUUUGAGAUUCCUCGCAACCGUCCGCCUCUGUUGGAGGGGGACUAUGGAGCCAACACCAAGGACUUCGUACGCUACUGCUUAGUCAAGGAUCCGGCCCAGCGUCCCGCGGCUGCUACCCUCUUGCAUCAUCAGUUUGUGGGGGUGUCGCGGCACGCCCAGGCCAAGUUGGCUCGCAUGAUUAGUGAGCUCGCGGUGCGGGUGGUACGGCCCAGGCACCGGUUGACGGUAGAGGUGGCACUGGGACCCGCCAUGCCUGCGUGGGACUUUCGCACCGUUAGCGAGCGGCCCCUGCCAGAUCCCCUUGUGGGUGUCCCCAGACAUGUUCUCUUCUAUUGUCUCCACCAAGUGCACCAGCGCAGCCGGACGGCGGCCACCAAGCACACGGUGGAGCAGUUGAUGGGGUAUCUUGCGCAGUGCGAGACUGACCAGCCGGGGCUCUGCGACGCGUUGGUGGAGGAGCUCCACCACGUCAAGCCAGAGUGA